GCCAUCCACGAACACUUGGAGCACACGUAUCCCCUGAUAUGCCACCUUGGGAAGAAAGGGAAGAAGAACAGAUCCCAGACUUCACCCUGCAAGAAUUACAAGAUGCAGCGGUGAGAGGUGCGACAGGCAAGGCAGUGGGGGUGGAUGGUGUGAGCCAUGAACUUUUACAAGCAAUCUGUGUGGAUGAAUGUGCGGCUACACAAUUGUUGCAGUGGUACAACAAAAUUCUGCAGACUGGAAAGCAGCCCGAGAGCUGGUGUGACAUUGUGAUGGUGGUGUUGCCCAAGAUUAAGUUUCCGGUGGAAGCCAAGCACAUCAGACCUAUCAGUCUCAGUUCGGCAACGUGCAAACUCUUCUCACGAAUGUUGCUGGAGCGAUGUAAGGAAAGGCUAGGUGAACCAGGUGGAAGACAAUGUUCUGGAAAAGGGAGGCAACCAACUGAUUAUAUCUAUACCAUCCACAAGCUAAUGCACCUGGAGAGGGAGUGGCGCCUUGGUCUGCGGUGGAUUAAGAUCGAUAUUGCUAGGGCCUUCGAUCGGGUUUCCAGGAGUAGACUCAUGAUGAUGCUUCAAGAUAAGAUUGGUCACAACAGGCUGAGCAAGGCGUGGUAUGAAUUAUUGAAGCCAACGCGAUCACACCUCCAGACCAGUUGGGGCAACACAACAUUCGAGAUGAGAACGGGCAUCCGUCAAGGUGCAGUAGAGUCGCCAUCGUUUUUUGGACAGUUGGCUGAGCUCUGCGUGCAGACAGCUGCGGAGAGGUAUGGCUGGGAACCUAAUUGCCCGGGCAUAGAUGGGCUCCCAGUAAGGGAGGUCCUUUUCAUGGAUGACGCAGUGGCAUGGGACGUCAAGGCUGAGGAUCUAUCUCGGAGGGUGGAGCAACUUGCCACGGAACUGGCCGCCUGGGGACUGGAAAUCAAUCUGAGCAAGUGUCAGUAUUACUGUAGUCCUUAUGCGACGGGGGACCGACAGUUGGUGGUGAUGGGCAAAACUAUGCACCCAGAAGGUCAGCUGGAUGUUAUGGGCUUGUGUAUGGGAGUACGCAAAACAGCAUGCGAAACACUAGAGAGAGAUGAGGGCGAUGAUGCACAGGUUCCAGGUCCAGCGAUGGAGCACAAGAUGGUUGCAAAAACUAUGGAGGUACUCCGGUUGAUGCCAUUAGAAAAGGCCUUAGACCGUGCGGCGGGUGGUGAUUGGAGAUCAGUGGCGCAGAACAGGGUGGUGUGGAGAGAAAGAGAGAAGGUUUUCUUGCAGCAGAUGGAUGUGGCAUGGACAAGUGGCAGACAGGUCGAGUUGGCCAAUGGUAAGACCUGGGAUGAGCUCCUGGGACUUCUUGAAGAGGACAGGCUUGACCUCUUCAUUGAUGAGCUGGUUGACAGGGCGUGGGCUCACCAGCAGGCUGCCAAGUCUACGGACCCGUCUGACAUGGAUCCAGCAAGGGAUGUGGAUAGACUACCGCAAGAAGGAGAACAAGGAAUGGAUUCCUUGUCGGAUGAGGACCCAGGCGAUAGCCCGGAGCCGUUGCAAAACGCCUUGUCUGAUGAUGAUGAGGAACCAGGCAACAACCUGGAGCCGUUGCAAAACGGGGCUCCAAGCUCCCCGGAGGGGUUCUCCUUGGACGAGGUGGCCAUUGAGAACAUGGAAGCCGCUGAGGAUGAUGAGGUGGGAACAGCUUUGCCAGGGGGAGCCGUGGACACAACCAGUGAGGAGGCAGCCUCACCAAGUCGCGAGAGCUCCAAGGGGCCGUGGGUAGCAAAAUGUCUGAAGAUGAUCUACAUGGAGGCGCAGAUCCGGAACUACCGGUACAUCCUGAACUACCGGUACAACAAGAUGACGGCCCGGGCCCAGCGGAACAUCAUGAUGGAGGAAAUGAUCAGGGAAGUGCACUUGAGCGAGCGGAGGGUCAAGAAUGCCCGGUACAACAUGGAGGCAACGAUCAGGGCGCUGCCCUUCCACACGGAGACGGGCAAAACACUGCGAAUGGUGAAGACGAAAGUGUGGCUGACAAGGAGUAAUGAUGAUGGUUGGCACCGGCGGCGGCGCAGAGAGAAAAAGAAUGAACACUGGCGUGGGUCGUCGCCUUCCAGGUCCAAAGGGAAGGGCAAGAACAAAGACAAAAGAGGCCCAAAGGCGAAGCCCAGGCCAAGACCGUACACCAUUUGGACGUCCAGUGGAUGCAAGGAAUGGCAAGCGGAUGAGGGUACGGAGGGCAAUAUGGAAGAGGAAGUGGUGGAAGUGGAGGAUGAGCAGGAGCACGCGUCCAGCGCAUCGGGAGCAAGGCCAGACGCGGAGCCGUUUACCGUCGAGAAUGCCAUGCAGCUUUGGCGGGAAUUCCUCGAUAUGGAGGAUGAAGGCGGGCUCGGCUACUCCUCAUGGGCGCUGGAUCGAGUCAGGGAUACUAUCGAAGAGUGGCCAGCGGAAGAUGUGAGUAUUCUGUUGGCUGCUCAUCAGCAGUUCCUGAGCUUGGUGAUGGCACAAGUGGCAGAGAUUGCGCAGAGGAGAAUUACAAGGGCAAGAGAGGAAGGCGCAAGGCGACCAGAGGGUGAUGAAACCAACCUCAUGCAGGCUUCUCGUGUGGUCCCUGUUGCGGAUGCGGGGAUCUCAAGCUUUGGCUUGGAGCUCCGAUUCCUGACUGAUGAGUUUUCGGUGAUGGACGUGGACAGGGCAAGGGUUAGGUCCUCGCUACUUCGUGGACUCCUGGCCAGAAGGUAUGGCUGCACGACGGGCAGGCUAGCUAUGGGGAUGAGGGCGAUGGCAUCGGAGGCGGCGGUAGUUGCCUUUGAUGAUAGCAGCUCAGAACUUGACAACGAUGUGCCGGAAAAUGAAGCGGACAGGGUGUGGUGUGAGAAGUGGUGGCGAAGACUCCUGACACCCAUCAUGGAAGAGGAGAAGCAGCUCCGUGCGACAAAGGCAAAGGUGCUGGAUGAACUGGAAAUCCGAAGGCAGCUGGAAGAAGAGCGGGAGAUGCAGGCGUGGGACCGAGCCAAGCUGCAAAAGGACAUCCAGGACUACGAGCUGGAACGUGAGCAACAGGAAAGCGAGGAUGCGGCCCACUACGAAAGCCUGCAAGCCCAGUACGCUCAGGACUGGGACGACUGGGUGCUCUGGAGCUCAAUGAAUCCGACAACUCCUACCAGGGAAAGACCAGUGAAGAAGCAGAAGAUGAUCUUGCACCUACAAGUUCAGGGAGAUGCCACAAAGGCGGCACGUUUCGACAUGGAGUUGCAACCUGACAAGCCGGUGAUGCUGGGCAUGACCUGGACAGUGGUGGAGGAAAUGGUGCCGGUGGAGCAAGGGGGUGGUGGAACUAGAGCGAGUGGGAGCCAAGCAUCGACGGAGCGGAUCAGUCCGGUGACACCUGAGGGGGUCAGCCAGCUGAAGAUCAAUCAGCCAACAAAGCAAUACGCUCCGCCGAAGCCCGUGCCGAAAGCCUCCGCAAAAUCGGAGGCUGAAGAGAGAACUUCUGGAGAUGCUGUGAAGGGAGCCAAACAGCCAACCUACGUAGAUACACCGAGCACCCGAGACAUUCCCCUGGACAUCCGCUAUCCGGGCUUGGUCAAGUGCGACCCAUCGGAGAUGUACGGCUGCAUGAGCCGCUGUUACUCAGGGGUCAUCCAAGAGGAGAAUGCCGACAGAAAGUUGUGCCUCACGAUCCGUUGCGUUCGGGAUUGCUCCAGGGCGACGUCUCGGGAAUGCCCAUCGAAAGCACUUGUGGCCUGCAAGAACCUGCUGAGCUUGAUAGAUGUCGCCAGAAGCCAGUGCUACCUGGACUGCAACCACUGA